ACCGGUGCCAGAACCCCACUGCCUCACAUUCUUUCGUGUUCCAACUUAGCUCAGUCUGUCGCUUUCUGUGCAUCCUGCCACAAUGAUGAAGAACCUCGCUGUCGCAGCGGCCUUCGCUGCCGGAGCGAAUGCUCUCGUUCCCCGAAGCAACACUUGCUGCUUUGGACUGACCGCUUCUGGCUCUGCAUCUGGCACAAUUGGCCAGCUUUCUGACGGACAGAACCGCAUCGGUGGCGGCCUGCCUGCUGCUCAGUACUGCAUCGACUCCUCCGGUGGUAUCACUGACAGCAACGGACGCGGCUGCAUCCUGACUCCCCCUACUACUCAGUUCCAGUGCGAUUCCGGCGCCAAGCCGACCACUGGAUUCUCCAUCAGCUCAUCUGGCACUGUCGAGUACAACGGCAGCUCCCAGUUUUACGCUUGCGAAACCGGUGACAACGGAGAACUGAACAUCUACUACACCACCAGCGAUGCCGAGACUGGAUGCAAACCCGUCACUUUGCACGCAGACUCCUGCAAGUCUGGAGGAGGCUCUUCGUCCGCCGCUCCGGCGCCGGCCAGCAGCGUUGCUCCUCAGCCAUCCAGUGCUGCUCCAGAGUCGACUUCGGCUGCUACUCCUGCGCCUGCUCCAGAGUCUAGCGCGGCGGCCUCUCCUGCUCCGGCCUCUCCUGCUCCAGCUCCUGAAUCCAGUGCCGCGGCAUCUCCUGCUCCGGAGUCUAGUGCACCAGCAUCUCCCGCCCCGGCUCCUGAGUCUAGCGCCGCGGCGUCUCCGGCUCCGAAGCCAAGUGAAUCUGCUGCUCCUGCUCCCGCUCCCGCUCCGGAGUCGAGCGUCUCGCCUUCUGCCAGCACUCCUGCUCCCCAGCCUUCCUCCAGCUCUGGAGGAUGUGGCACUACCCUCCAGAAGGGCAACUACGAGUUCCCUCACUUGAUCAUCCCUAUUGACUCUUCCGCUCCAAGCAAGGCUCCUGGCACCUCGUACAAUGGCACCGUCACUUCUACCAUCUCUUCUCUCUUUAACUUCGACAUCCCCUCUUCGGACUCUGGCAAGCAGUGCUCUCUCGUCUUCCUCUUCCCCGAGCAGAAGGACCUCGAGACCUCUUCUUUCAGCUUCAGCGGUAACGGCGAGGUUCGCUUCGCUUCUCUGGACUCCCCGGCCCAGCAGUCGACCAGCUACAGCAACGCCCCGGGUGUCAAGAGCGAGCUUGGUACCUUCACCGUCUCUCCUGGCCACAACUACACCAUCUCCACCUUCACCUGCCCGGCUGGCCAGACCGUCUCUUACGAGAUCAGCAACGCCGGCUCUACCGACCUCAACUACUUCCAGGACUACAACCCCUCUCCCAUCGGUCUGUAUAUCACUACCUGCUAAACGCGGAUCUGAUGUCAUGACCACUUUCUUCCCCACUCUGGGUAUUUAAAAUCUUUUUUUCGACUCUUGUAUUUCCAGAAAUACCUUCCUUUUAUCAGUCUUGGGAUUUUCUGAUGAAUAUAUGAC